AUGUCCGGACAUCCGUUUGGGCUGCUCGAGCAGUCGGAAGAAGGUCAGUUGGCAAAGNAUGCAUUGCACACCGCGCGCCUGCUCAAUGUUGAGGAACGUCCAUUCGCACGCGUUUCCAAGCGACUACUAGGCAGAGACUCGCUCCUCAGAUCGCCUGCUCAACUACCGACACCGCCGCCCGAUGAGUCCGACGCGGACCAGGAAGCAGUCCGUCAAAAGAAAGAGCAGGAGAGGAGGCAAUGGCGCGAAGAUGUAAUGCUCGACUUUGCUCUCCUGGAAAGCACAUUCAUUCGCAUACAAUUUCUGAAGGAUAGCAACGAAAAGGAGCGCCAAAGAUAUGCAGACGAGAAGAACAAAAUACUGGAGACUGCUCAAGCUGUGCGCGACAAUACUGCAGAACUACGCGUGCAACUGGAAGAAGCUCAGAAGACCUUGACUCUGCGCAAGGAGUACGACGUCCUCGCCGAGAAGAUCACCAACAACCGCAUGCUGAAGCCGCGCGAGGAGCAGCGCGCAAACCUGGAGAAAUUGAACGCCGAGAUUGCAGACCUAGAACAUGAAGGUCAAGAAUACGAGCAAACUUGGGUUGAGCGCAGGGAGCAAUUUGACAACAUCAUGGCUGCUGGAAAGCAAAUGCUCAGGGUUAUCAGGGGUGAAAAGGACGAGCCAGAGAAGGAUGAGGCCAUGGAGGACGGCGAAGAGCGUGAAGAUGGCGAGGCUACCAAGGAGAACAGCCGCAUGGGCACACCAGGACCCGACAUGGGCGGCGAGGACGAUGAUGCAUCCAACACAAAACGUAGUAGGCCAUCACAAGGUACUGGAGCCAACACACCUGCCGCUGGAAGAGACUCACAAACGCCCGACGCUGGAGAUACUGUGCCCGCUCCGGCAGAGAAGCCCAUGGACACGGACAUGAUGGAGGCUGGGGAGACACCACAACCUGCACCAGUCUCUGAGCUCGAAGAGGGAGAAGCGGCAGAAGACUCGGUCGAAGAAGGCGAGCACAUGGAUGUGACCUAG